AACCUAUAAAUACUCUGCUUCGCUCCCCAGACCUUCACAGUUCACACCAAAGAUCAAAGCUUCCGAUCCAGCACUCGAAUAGCUAGCUCCGACCAAGCACUUGAGCAAAUCCACCAGCAGUGUCCGAUACGCGCUCCCAAACCCAACCGACAACAAUGUCGCUGGUGAGGCGCAGCAACGUGUUCGACCCCUUCGCCGACUUCUGGGACCCCUUCGACGUCUUCCGCUCCGUGGUGCCCGCGGUGUCGACCGGCCGCGACACCGCUGCCUUCGCCGGCGCGCGCAUCGACUGGAAGGAGACCCCCGAGGCGCACGUCUUCAAGGCCGACCUCCCCGGCGUCAAGAAGGAGGAGGUCAAGGUGGAGGUGGAGGACGGCAACGUCCUGGUGAUCAGCGGCGAGCGCAGCAGGGAGAAGGAGGACAAGGACGACAAAUGGCACCGCGUGGAGCGCAGCAGCGGCAAGUUCCUCCACCGGUUCCGCCUGCCGGAGAACGCCAAGACGGAGGAGGUGAAGGCCGGGCUGGAGAACGGCGUGCUCACGGUCACCGUGCCCAAGGCCGAGGUCAAGAAGCCCGAGGUGAAGGCCAUCGAGAUCUCCGGCUGAGAGUUCGGUCUUUACGGUCGCGCUCGGGUCAAAGUAUGGUCGUCGUGUUUCUGAAUCCUGUGCUCUGAUGAUGAUGU